AUGGACGUGAGCGUGGAAGAGUUGGAUAGAAAGUUUAUGAGCAUUGGGUUGAAUGAAACUCGUGUCAAAGAUACGCUGAAAAACAAAAAGUUGAGUUCUGCUUUGAACAGAGUAAUUGACGAGGCCAAACUGAAGGAGUCAGGAUGUGAUCGUUCCGUUGGUAACUUGUUAAUGACCUUGGCAAAUGAAUCAUUGAAACAAAAAGACACAAAGUUGCAAAAACACGAACCAUAUAUUUGCUCCAAGAUAGUCAAGGGAGAUAUAAAGAGCACUCUCCAAGUAAAUGCUGCUAUCGGAUAUUGUAAAAAUACAGAUUCCAUUAAUGAAGAAGAAUUCGACAAGGAAUUAGGUGUUGGUGUCACCUGUACACCAGAACAAAUUACUGAGUUGGUUGGUCAGUACAUAAAAGAAAAUGAAGAAAAGAUCGUUGAACAAAGAUAUGCCUCUUUCAAUGCAACUUCAUCCGCCUUGCGCCAGCAUCCUAUUUUGAAAUGGGCUUCUCAACUGGAUGUUAAGCAAACACUCGACAAGAAGUAUUUGGAGCUUUUGGGUCCAAAAGAUGAAAGAGACGCUCCAACUGGUAAGAAGGGCAAGGGAAACAAAGGAAAGGCAGAUACCAAAGAACAGAAGAAGGGUACAACAAGCUCUAGUAAGAGCAAUUACAAUAUGUUUGAAGAAGGCUUUCUUGCAAAGUUACACAAGCCUGGCGGAAAUCCUCAGCUCAUUCCUGAACGCAUGAAGGAACACUUACAGGCAACUGGUGGUGGUGUAGUCACUAGAUUUCCCCCCGAACCAAAUGGAUAUCUUCAUAUCGGCCAUUCAAAAGCUAUUGCUGUCAAUUUCGGCUUUGCUCGCCAUCACAAAGGUAUCUGCUAUUUACGUUUUGAUGACACCAAUCCCGAAGCUGAAGAGGCAAAAUACUUUGAAAGCAUAAAGGACAUCAUUUCCUGGCUUGGAUUCUCUCCUUACAAGAUCACUUAUUCCAGUGAUUAUUUCGAUCAACUCUAUGCUCUUGCCGAGUUGCUGAUUAAGAAAGAUAAAGGCUAUAUUUGUCACUGCACCGACGCUGAAAUCAAAAAGGCAAGAGGUGGUGAAGAGCGUGGCCCUAGAUAUGCUUGCGUUCACCGUAAUCGUCCAAUUGAGGAAUCCCUGGCAGAGUUUCGUAAUAUGAGAGAUGGAAAAUACAAACCUAAAGAAGCAAUUUUGCGAAUGAAACAAAAUUUGGAUGAUGGCAAUCCUCAAAUGUGGGAUCUUAUUGCCUACCGUGUUCUCGACACUCCUCAUCCUCGUACAGGUGAUAAAUGGAAAAUUUAUCCUACCUAUGACUUUACUCAUUGUUUAGUGGAUUCAUUUGAAAACAUUACCCACUCCCUUUGUACUACUGAGUUUAUUCUUUCUAGAGUUAGCUAUGAGUGGCUUUGUAACUCUCUCGAGGUGUAUUGCCCUGCUCAGAGAGAAUAUGGUCGUUUGAAUGUCGUGGGAACCCUUAUGAGUAAAAGAAAGAUUAUGAAACUCGUUAAUGAAGGUUAUGUUCACGGCUGGGACGAUCCUCGCUUGUAUACCCUUGUUGCUCUUCGUCGUCGUGGUGUUCCCCCAGGUGCUAUUCUUGAAUUUGUUAGCGAUGUUGGUGUAACGACUGCCGUUAGUAAUAUUGAGGUUGCUCGUUUCGAAAACUGUGUUCGUUCUUUCCUUGAAAAUAGCGUCCCGCGUCUUAUGUUUCUCCCCGAUCCUGUCAAGAUUACCCUUGAAAAUCUUGCCGAUGAUUAUAGAGAAGAGAUUCAAAUACCCUUCAACCCCAAGAAUCCUUCCAUGGGUUCUCGAACUCAGUAUUUGACUAAGACUGUUUAUAUCGAUCGUUCGGAUUUCCGUGAAGAAGCCUCCAGUGACUUUUUCCGUUUGACAUUAAAUCAACCUGUCGGUCUCUUCCGAGCUUCUUGCCCUGUCGUAGCUAAGAAGAUUAUUAAAGACGAUAGUGGAAAGGUGGUAGAAAUCAUAGCUGAGUACGAUCAAAGCCUUUCGAUGAAACCUAAAACAUUUGUUCAAUGGGUUUCUGAAGAUAGUGCAAGCGGCAGUCCCGUCCGCUUGUCGGAAACCCGUCUUUAUAACAAUCUGUUUAAGUGCGAUAAUCCUGCCGCUUUGAAGGACCAUGAUUUGGCUGACCAAUUAAAUCCGGAAAGUGAAAUUGUCUUGAAGAAUUCUAUGGUUGAGACCGGAAUUUACGAUCUCAUUAAGUCUGCUCCUUGGCCAAAGACUGACUCAUCUGCAGGAGUAGAUAAAGCUGGAAGUCCUGAAAGUGUCCGUUUCCAAGCUAUGCGCGUUGGCUACUUUUGUUUAGACAAGACUAGUAAGGGUCAGGACGAACUUGUUUUGAACCGCAUCGUUUCCUUGAGAGGAGAGGAGGCUGCUAAAAAUAAGGAUUAA